AUGCGCCGCCUGAAUCAACGAGACGUCGAGUCGCUGUACGCGCACGCUUCUCGCGGCGGCAUCGGCCAAGGUACAGCGUUGACCGAUUGCGUUGCCGAGGGUCCUGACCAGCUCAUGUACAUCCAGGGCGAUACGUUGACGAUACUGAAGGACUCCGGAGACUUCAUCUUAGCCUGCUGUGAAGGCGAGGUUGGCUGGGUCAAACGCGAGAACGUGAGCUUCGAUGCGACUGGUCCGAUAGCGAGCUCCAGUUCGCCGAGCGCUGAGGAGAAGUACCCCGGUACUCCGCGGGACGCGCACCAGACGUUUGUUCCUGCAGAUGCGACUUCCGGGCCGUUCAGCGGCGAGGAGCACGGAUCGAAACGACUGAGCCGAAAAGCAGUUCCUCCUGCCCUUGUGCUGAACAAGUCCUUCAACACGUCGAGCCUGUCCAACUUCGACUUCGCGUCCCCCUCUCUGCCAUCCCCGAUUGCCAGCGACGAGGCUACAGUGAGCUCUGCGACGCGAGACGUCUUCCCGGAAGCUUCGAUUUACUCCCCACAGCAACAUACUGGGCGUAUCAAACCGAUUGCCGAGGAGAGCCAGGAGUCACUACGAGAUAUACGCAGGGUCACGUCGUACGGAUCUGACUGUAGCGACCGCAGCUCUGGCUCCGGACGGAUAGGCGGCAUCGUUUUGGGCAACAUGUCCAGAAGACAUUCUGGUGCGUCGCCCUCUGGACUGCCGAUGCUGACCGUUCCAGUGACGUCCGAGGACGAUCGCGAAACAAUUGUCAGCCCUACACCUGAGGCUGCGGCAAAUCUGUCUUUGUCCGCCCUCGGCGUGUUCCCUUCACCGACAUUACCCCCAACACAGACUCAGCAGGCUUUCAACCGACUCGCACCUGUGUUGACCGUCCCCAAGCGGCAAUCACUAGCUGUCGAAACAUCGCGGACAAGUGUCAUGUCGAGCGAAUCAAACGAGACAGAAGUCAUGAGGAUGGAGGAUGUCAGGGAGGACGAGGAGCGUAUCUCGUUCGACGGUACAGCACGAUUUGCCUCUUCUCCUCCAGUGACAUCGCGACCCUUCCAGCCGAUCAAGGCUCUCAAUCUUUCGGCUUUCUCGCUGGGCGAGUACCGGGAUGCGGCACACGACACGACGGAGCAGAUGUCCCCAUCCUCGCUACACACAUUUGGAGGUGACGGUCUCAUGUCCAGCGAGCUUCUUCUGAGCCGUGAUCCGCCAGGCACAUUGUCGCCCGACCGGACCGGAGCGACAUUCGGAUUAAGUGCGGACAGGACUGGUACUAGCUUCCUCGACUUAGACACGAGUGGGCCGAACUUCCGACUGUUUGAGGACGGUGUCGAGAUUCCUCCGCUGCCUCCUUAUGUUUCGCAACCUCAUCCGUCUGAGACUAUCAUUGAGGAGGAGCAGCUGGAGUUGGACACACCGAGAGCGAAGAGUACACCAACUUUCGCAGACACGGAAACGAUGACUGGUUCUCCAGAAUCGAAGCGCACCGUGCAGGGAAGGGGAAGCGUGUACGGAUCAGAGGAGACCGUUCUCGAUACUCCGCAGUCCCUUCCCCUUGCCGGCUUCUCGCACGCGCCCGCGGUUGGAGAAGUGCUGUCGAAUGGAGCACAUGUCAACGGCUCGGACUUGAAUGAGCAGAACACCUUGGCGCCUUUCCCAACGGAAGAAUCGUUCAAGCCCAAUGGUCUUCUCACUCCGGCCAUGUCUUCUGUGUCCCUCUCGCCUUCGCUCAUUACACCCGGAUCACCGAACCCGAACGAAGACCGAUGGUCCAUCGACUCUCGGUAUAUGGCCAAGGCAGCUAUGCGAAACAACUUCUACGCUCUCGGCCACUCGCCCAUGCUCACUGUGGUUGAGCGCCAGAAGCUGGAAGCCAGGUUAUCGCAAUUAUCCAUGAUGUCGGGUAACAACCGGAACAACACCGACUCGUGGGUCCUAGUCGAGCCCCCGACACGGGGGGUUGCGCAGAAUGACCCCAACUCUGCCACAUUACCGACUGAUGAACCGCCAGCAGGAUACGAAUUUGCGCCGAUUCAGACCCCGACUCUGCGAUCGUCGUCGGAGUCGCCCAACCGGUCGUUGACAGCGGUAUCGCCUCCUACGGUUGCGCGGAAGACGCCGCCGCCACCCCCCAUCCAGACGGGUUCGUCUCCAGACAGUAUCGGACGACCGCGUAGCCGGCCGCGACCGUUAGCCAUUGUUGGCACCCCAGUGGGGUCAGGCCAGGCGCAGUAUGCGGAAACCAGCGGGUUGAAUAGCAACCGCCCGUUCCGUCCUCUCCCAAGCUUAAACUCGUCGCCCUCCGCGCACCUUACGAAAAACGACCACCCAUCUGGAGCGUCGCCUUCCCUGCCAGAGUCGGUUCCGUUCCGUCCACUUCCCGAAGUUCCAAAGGCGCCAGCCAUACGGACUCAAAGCCCUGAGAACGUCUCACCUUCGACCCAGUUACGUCAGCUUCCCCCAACCCCGACAACCCAUCGGGAUCAGCAAGCUGCAUUAGGUCUAGGCAAGCCCGCGCGCAAUUCAAGCUCUGGAAGCAGGCCCCUUCCUGUCCCCGGCGAUGUUCAACGUAGCAUGACUGCGCCUCAGGAAACUAUUAUACGGUCCGACAGUCCUUCGGUCAUCAGCGACGAUUCUGGAGGACGGGCUGCCUCCCAACCAGGUGAAAGGAUGUUCAAGGUGUCGCGUGUUCCUGUACCGCGAGUAUCGAUGGAUCAAGAGGCCGCUGUUACACCAAGGGCGUCGCAGUUCCCGCAGAGUCAGGCCGCGCAGUACGCCGAGUCCACUCGUCGUGCGAUGACUCCUGUGAAACAGUCGCUUAUCAGUGUCUCGGCUCCCGUAUCAAACCGGCCUUCGCCCGCACGGCACUUGGCCUCUCACCCUGUUGUGAACGGAUGGAGCUCAUCAUCAGAGACGGAGCAACUCAGUGAUCAGCCCAUCUCUAGCACGCCCCCCACAGUCACGAGGUCGCGGUCCAAAUCGAUCUCGGCUGGUAUCGCAAAGGCGUUCGGCAAGGACCGAAGGAAGGCGUCGCUUGACAUCUCAUCCCCGCUCCCGAACGUGUUCCGCAUCUCACCUCCUCGCGCGUCAACGUCGUCCCGCAAUACCGACGGUCUGCUUCGUGUGGGUGGGAACUCGUCGUCCCGCUCAGACUCCGGCUCCAUCGGCGACUCCUCAGCCGGGGGCUCGGUGACCUCGAUCCAUCACUUUGGUAGUGACAUUUCUUCUCCUACGGCGCGGACGUCAAUCCAGAAAUCGAGGUUCCAACCUCCCGUAUCGCACCGCGAUUUCGAAGACCCAACCGUCAAGACUGAUGGUAUGGAGUUCCAGAUGAUUCAGCCGCCUCGACGCCAACUCGACCCACCGGCAAUAAAGCUGAAGGUGGACUCCAGUAGCCUAGGGCUGUUACCUCCCGAGGAGAUGGCAGGCCUUGAACCGCCCGGCUCCACAUCGAGCAGCAGCCAUGGGCACAGCAGUCUGGAGAGUGAAGAGGCAGCACCAGAGAUUGAUGAGUGGGGUUUCCUCGUCUCUCGAAGCCCGACACCUGCGCUCUUUCACACUAGAACCAGCCCCGAAACCGUGCGCGCAGCUGAGCAGAAGUGGCUCAAUAUCAUUGCGACACCACUGUCUCACGGCCAGCAACCGCCCAAGAAGGUCCGCCGCUUGGUUAUCGAACAGGGUGUCCCCAACUCUUUGCGCGGUCGUGUCUGGGGCUGGUUCAUGUCUAAUGGCAUGAACGGGCGUGUUGGCGGGUUGUUCCAGCGUCUCGUCUCUAAUGAAGCGGGGCCGUUCGACGACCAAAUCGAACGCGACGUCGCCAAGGUCUACUCUGACCACUCUGCGUUCUGUAGCCGCGACUCUCCGGGCCGCGCCGACCUGAGAACUCUUCUACGUGCCUAUGUGCACUUCGCUCCCUCUGGAUACCACUCCGAGCUUGCCUUGAUUGGUGGUGCUCUGCUGAUCCACGCUGUGGUUGAAGACGCCUUCUGGCUGUUGGCAGGAUUAUUCAACGGUGUACUCAAAACGUACUACGUCAAGGACCGCAGCGGGUUCCGUGUCGAUCUGCACGUCUUCGCCGGCAUCCUGCAAGGCUCCGAACCGAAGGUUGCGCAGCUGUUCCGCGACGUCGGCGUGGCGCCUCAUGAUUACUUGCAGCCUUGGUGGAUGGGUAUGCUGAUCCGAUGCCUCCCGUGGCCGACCGUGCUUCGCUUGUUCGACGCUGUCAUCUCUGAGGGCCCCCGAUUCCUGCUCAUCGCAUCGCUCGCCGUCAUUACGUUGUCGCGUGACCGCCUCCUCGCGCUGCCCCGCAAUUCAAAGGUCAUUCUCAACUAUCUGCACCACCUGCCGCAGGACUCGCUCAUGCUUCCGGACACGUUCAUGCGUGCGUGCGAUCAAGUUAAACUUCGAGAUGACGACCUCAAGAAGCUCCGCGCCUCGGUCAAGGAUCAACUUGCUGCCGCGGGGCGCGAGUAG